CCGGCGGCGCUCCUCUGAUACGACCGACGACCGACCAUCAUGCAGCCCUCUCCCAUGCACCCCGUGCUCUACGAGAAGUACCAGCCGCAAGGCAGCAUGGCGCCCACGGAGCUCGUGAACGCGGGCGCAAGCCAAGACGUGCUCGUCGUCACCUGCAAGGGUGGCGCGCGGCUCCUCGUCUCCAAGAAGGAGCUCGACGCGCUCAAGCUCUUCUUGCCCAAGUACGAAGACAUUGACAUGCGCCGCCUCGUCAACACGCUGCCGUUGCUGCUGCAAGAGAUGGAGACGUCGGCCAAGUCGCCGGCCAAGGCGCCGCUUGCCAAGGCCAAGCCGCAACUGUCGCGCACGUCCAGCAGCGCGUCCAUGUACAACGACACCGCGGCCAAGGACGCGGAAGCGCGCAUCCACGAGCUCGAAGCGCAGCUCGCCGCCGAAAAGAUGAACGUUGAACGGUUUGCCUAUGACAACCUCACGCUGAAAGAGACGGUGCUGCGGAAAGAUCGCGCCGAGCACGAGUCGAGCGUCGCGACCAAGGAGCUGCAUGCUCGCCUCGACGACUCGAAGAAGGCGACGGAAGAUCUCCACACGCACCUGCUCGAAACGACGUCGAGCUUGAAGAGCGACCACGCCAAGGCCACGGACGCGCUCCUCGCCGACCACGACGCCAAGCUGGCGUCCAUCAUUGCGUCGCACAACGAUGCCGCCGCGGCCCUCUCGGCCAAGCACGCGCAGGAGACGGAGAGCCUCCACGCCAAGUAUACGGCCGACAUUGAUGACCUCAACGCCAAGCUCAAGGCGCUCAUGGUCGUCGUCAGCGACAAGGAUGCAUCGAUUGCGGCCCAGAACGCGACGAUCGCCAGUCUCACGACCGACCUCGCGACAACAACGGCGACUCUCGAGGCGACCAAGGCCUCGCUCAUGGCGACGACGGCCGACCUCCAAACGGUCCGCGACGAAUUUGCGUCGCAGGGCGCGCACUUGACGGCGGUCGAGGCCGACAAGAAGGCCAAGGAGGACGACAUUGAGGCGCUCACGGCGCAGCUGGCGACCGUCGAGGCCAAAGCCAAUGGCCUGUACGACCACACGCAGGGCCUCGUGGCCGAGCUCGCAGACAUGCGCAACGAGCUCACGACCGAGGUGCAGGACAUGGAGCAGUACAUGACGAACGCGAUGGAGAGCGUCAUGACCGAGUCCCAGAACCGCGAGACGGUUCUGUACGACCACCUCCAGCGCGAGACGCUCGAGCGCAAGCGCAUGACGGAAAAGUACCACGAAGUGUCGGGCAAGAUCCGCGUCUUUUGCCGCAUCCGCCCGCUCAAGGUCGCGACCAACGAAGAGAGUGCGUACAUGUACCCGAAGCCGCAGACGCUUCUCGUCGCGUCGCAGCGCAAGGAGUUUGUCUUUGACCAGAUUUACGGCCCCGAAAGCACGCAAGAAGACGUGUACGAGCACAUUGAUCCGCUCGUGGGCUCGGUCAUGGACGGCUACAACGCGUGCGUGCUCGCGUACGGCCAGACAGGCGCCGGCAAGACGUACUCGAUGGUCGGUGAGCCGCGCGCGCCGGGCAUCAUCCCGCGCGCGCUGCAGCAGUUGUUUGAGAUGAGCACGGCGCGCCAGCUGCUGUACGACGACCGGAUCUCGAUCAGCAUGCAGGAGAUUUACAACGACCAGCCGCGCGAUUUGCUCUCCAAGGACAUUUUGACGGCGAAGGACUCGCUCGAGACGCGCCCCGUGUCGUCGUGGGAAGAAGUCCAGCUCGUGCUCGACGAAGGCCACAAGAACCGGUCGGUGGCCUCGACCAAGAUGAACAUUGAGAGCUCGCGGUCGCACGCGAUCAUUUUCGUGUACGUCCAGAGCGCCAGCCGCCAAACGCUCGAGAAGAAGAACAGCACGCUCUGCCUCGUGGAUCUCGCGGGCUCGGAGCGCAUUUCGCGCACGCAGGUGACUGGCGACCGGCUCAAGGAAGCGCAGCACAUCAACAAGUCGCUCUCGACGCUCGGCGACGUCGUCCACGCGCUCCAGCACAAGGCCAAGCACGUGCCGUACCGCAACUCGAAGCUGACAUUUACGCUGCGCGACAUGCUCUCGGGCGGCGCCAAGGCGCUCAUGAUGCUGCAAGUGAGCCCCGACGUGGCCGACGUCGGCGAGAGCCUCUGCUCGCUGCAGUUUGGCGCGCGCGUGAGCCAGGUCGAGCUCGGCGCGGCCAAGCAGACGAGUGUCGAGUCGGGCGAGCUCCUCUCGAUGAAGGACGAACUCGCUAAGCAAAAGGGCGAGAGCGAGAAGGAACUGACGCGCCUCCGCGCCGAGAUUGAGCAGCUCCGGGACGAACUCGAGACGCGCUCCAACAGCUUCCAGACGACGAUGACGGCUGCGUCCAACCUCAGCAGCAAGGCGUCCAACCAAUCGGGCGACGACGAGCCGAACGAGCCGGCGGACGAGGACUGGAAGCGCCUCAACACGGACAGCGAGCCCGAGCCCGAGGUCAAGAAGCGCGCGCCGCGUGCGUCGAUUGGAUCGACGUCGUCGCGCCUCUCGAGCGUCAGUAGCAAGUCGGCGCGCAGCACAUCGACGACGACCCCCGUCGUGCCCAAGCCCACAACGACGCGCUCGACCUUGAGCCGCCGCCUGAGUUUGCCGGUCAAGCCGACGACGGCGUCGGUGACGGCGCCGACUGCUGCGUCGGUGGCCGCUGCGGUUCCCGUGGUGCGCGCCAAGGCGCUGAGCACGGUCACGCGCCCGAGCCGGCACUCGAUUGGCCCCGGCGAAACUGUGUCGGUCCGCGCCAAAAUGACGGCGGCGUCCCGGACGACGGCGACUGCCAAGACUGCGACCAAGGCCGCGGCCACGUCCUCGCCCCGCAAGUGGGUGUAGGGUCCUAGUACUUAGUUGAUAAUAUAUUGCCUUGUUUAAGAUCGUCC